GAAAAUGUCGUUCGGGCCAGUCCGAAGAAACUUCCGCCUCAAGUUGUAAAGAAAACACAGGAGCUAAAAGGCAAUCGACGGAAUAGCCAGCAGUUUAAAGAAGUCAGAUCAAAGGUAGAACCAAAUAUCGUUUUUUUUUUACAAGUAUAGGAUAAUUUGCGCAGCGCAGUCAGUUUGUGUAAGUGUUUAGGGCCGUUUGGGAUUAAAGCUUCAAUUUAUUUGAGCUAGCUACGCUAUUCAAAGCUAGCAGUUUGCUAAUAUCGAUUCGAUCGCUUAUAGGCCUCAAGUGAAUGUCUUUAAAAUUAGAUCGAUUUACAUGUGUGACUUAACACCAACAGGUCACUUGCAUUCUGGAACUUGUGCGGCUUGUCCUGUGUGUGUGUAUGUGUGUCUGUGUGUGUGUGUGUCUGUGUGUGUGAGUGAUUGUGUGUGUAUGUGAGUGGGUGUAUGUGUGAGUGUGCGAGAGCUGCACUUUCUUUGUCACUAAUUUAACAAGUGCUGCUCCUCCCUGGAGGAUGACAAUGGAGGAGAUGAAGAAUGAAGCGGAGACUAACUCCAUGGUAUCCAUGACGCUGUAUGCUGUGAUGUUCCCAGUUUUUAAUGAGCUGGAGAGAAUCAAUCCAUCAGCAGCUCAGACGCUCAGGGCAGCUUUCAUAAAGGCGGAGAGGGAGAACCCUGGUCUGACCCAGGACAUCAUCAUGAAGAUCUUGGAGAAAAAGAACGUCCAAAUCAACUUCACCGAAUCCCUGCUGCGCAUGGCAGCAGAUGAUGUGAAAGAGUUCAUGAUUGACCGGCCCGAACAGGAGUUCCAGGACCUGAACGAGAAGGCCCGAGCUCUGAAGCACAUCCUUAGCAAAAUCCCAGAUGAGAUCAACGACAGAGUACGCUUCCUACAAACUAUCAAAGACAUAGCCAGCGCCAUCAAAGAGCUCCUGGAUACGGUCAACAACGUCAUUAAGAAAUAUCAGUACCAGAACCGCAGGGCUCUGGAGAACCAGAAAAGGGAGUUUGUGAAAUACUCCAAGAGUUUCAGCGACACCCUCAAAAUAUACUUCAAAGACGGAAAGGCAAUAAAUGUCUUCAUCAGUGCAAACCGGCUCAUCCACCAAACCAAUCUCAUAUUGCAGACCUUCAAAACUGUGGCUUAGCCUGCUCCCACCCCCCCUUUGCUGUCACUUCCUGUCAUCUGAAGGGUAACAACUGAGAGAGCAGCACAACCUUGAAGAGUGGCUCACCCAUAUAUGUAAAUUAGUUGAUUUUAGGGUCGGGGUCAGUUUCAUUGGAGUCGAGAUUCCAGAUUCCACUUUAAGAGACUGAAAAGUGCCAUUUGUUUCUUUAAUGAGGAUUUUCCAGUCUUGAAAUGGAACUGAAUAAACAAAAACGCUUGAUUUUAUUUGGACAGUUUUAAUUUAUAACCCUGGUCUUUUUUUUUUCUUUUUUUUUUGGGAGGUGAUGAGGUGAGGUGUUUAUUAAAGACUAAUUGCCAUUUUUCUAAUAUAUUCAUGUUGAUCAUUUUGAUUUUAGCUUUUCACAUCUGAGACCACCUUCAAUAGGAUUCAGUCAGAGCUGGUGCUUACGCCGCUUUUCUCUUCUCGCUUCCGACUUGUGGGAUUUUACAGAAUCGCCUGGCAGCAGGUGAGACUCGCGAGGAGAGGGGAAGCAUGUCGGACAUUGAGGAGGCAGACUCUGAUUUAGUUUUGUCUCUGCUAUCAGAAAACAGAAAGCCAAAUUACUUCCAGCACAGCGUGCGCCUUACAAAGUCCUGUAACAUUCCCUCCUGUCAGAGUUUAAUGAAGUGAAGCCAGUCUUUGUUUGCGGAUGUAGAGAAAGUUCUGUAUUUAACUGAGAUCUGGUUUCAAAUGUUCAAUAAAUAGUUUCAAAAGAA